AUGAGUGAAAAAAAAAAUGAUUUCUUUUCAUUCUUUAAUGGUUCUCAAAAGAAAAAGGAAACUAAAAAAAUCAUCUUUGAUGAAAAUUUUUUCAAUCUUCAAGUUAAUGGAGGGAAGAUACAUAGUGAUAAGAUUAUUAUUGAAGCUAUUUCUAUUGUUGGUAAUUGUAUUAUAAUAAAUGAAGAUAAUGAGAAGUUGGAGACUGAUAUCAAAUGGUUUUAGAUCUCACCAAACAAUGAUUUCAAUACUUUAGGAAUAACGGGAAACUCAUAUCAACCUAGUAUAGAAGAUGUUGGUUCCAAGUUUAUGAUCCAAGUUGUUCCAAUUAAAGAGGGUAGACAAUAUGAAGGAAUGCCUAAGUCAUUAGAAAUAGGACCAUUACUUAAAGAUGAGUCUAUUCAAGAAGAAAUUGAUGAAUUAUUGGACAAUGAGAAAAUGACUGUAUUUGUCACUUUAGAAUAAAUAUUAAGCAAAGAUUUCGAAAUUGUACUAAAAUAUUAAUUAAAAAGGAAGCAGAAUUGCCUAUCAAUUGUAUACUCAAAAUUACACUAAAAAAUAUGGAAUUAGAACUCAAAAAGAAUGAUUAAACUAUUCAUCAUAUUUAAGUCUCUUUGUAAGCUUAGUAUCCAUCCUGUUCAUCUAAACAAGGCACUAGCGAGAGUUUCAUUUUAAGAGUAGAUUAAAAUAAUCACUUUUAAAUGAAAGCAGCAGAUAAUUCAUAAAGAGAUAUAAUAUUGACUGUCAUUAAAGGAUUUUAUGGCAAAGGAGUAUGGAAGGAUUAGGAAAUUUAAUAAAUUGAGGAAAGUGAGGAUGAGGAUGAAUUAGAUGAACCUGAAUAAUAAGAAUUAGAAUAGAAAGUAGAUGAAAAUACCAAAGAUGAACAAUAGGAGCAAAUUUAAUAAUAAGUAAUAUAGGAAGAAAAUUAAAAAGUGGGAAUUAAAGAAGAAGAAAAAGAGAUUGCAUAAGAGCAAUUAAAUGAUGUAUCAGUUGAGUCAAAUAUAAUUAAAAAAGAUGAAGAAUAAUAAGAAAUUAAAAUUCUAUAAAAUUAAUAAUAAGAUGUAUAAUCAGAAUCACAAUAAGAAACAUAAUUAAUUGAACAAUCAUAAUCCAAAGAGUAAGAUAAUUUUGUAGAUGAAUAUAAAUCAGAAAUAGAACAAUAAUAAUAAUAAAUAAUAGAAUAAUAAGUAAAUAUUGAAGAUAAAUAAAAUACUCAAGUGAUAUAAGAAUAGAAUAAGUCAAUUGAAUCAACACCAAUAAUAACUCGAACUAAAUCUGAUGAAAUAUAAAAUGAUGAAUCUAAAAUUUAAGAUUCUGAAACUAUCUAAAAUAAUGAUUAAAUAUAAUAAAAAGAUAUCAUUUAAGAAUAAUAAUAAUAAGAAGAAUAAUAGUAAGAGUAAUAAUAAGAGUAAUAAGAAUAAUAAUAGUAAUAGUCAUAAUAAGAAUAAUAGUAAUAAUAAUAGUAAUAAUAAUAAUAGUAAUAAUAGUAAUAAUAAUAGCAACAGUAAUAAUAACAAUUAGACCUUUAAUAAACAAAAAUAGACAUUUAAUAAAAUUAAUAAUAAUAGAAUGAAUAAUAAGAAUAAUAAACAAAAGAUGUAGAAAAUAAAUAAUAAAUUGAGAAUAAUAAUAUUAAAUAAAAUGAAUAAAAUAAUUAAGUUAUCAAUGAAGAAUAAUCAUAAGCCAAAUAAAGAGUCGAUCAUAAAUUUUAAUCAGUCAUCAUUAGCUCAGAAAGUAAUAAAGAGGAGAAAGCCAGUCCUAUUAAAAAGAAAGAAAAGAAAAAUAAUAUGGAUUUAUAUAUUCAAAUAAAUGAAAAUGUUAAAUUAAAGCAAGAUAUUGAGCAAUAUAAAGUUAAUUAAUAAAAGAAUAAUGAAACAAUCUAAAAAUAAAAAAAACAAGUAAGAUUUUUUAUAUAUUAUAGAUUCAAACACUAACAGAGUAAUUAAAUAAUUGCACUAAGAAUUAUUAUUUACUUGAAGAAGAAUGUACGAAUUAAAAAAAGAUUAUGCAUAAUUUAAAUGAUUAAAAAGUAUUUUUAUAAUAGGAUAUCAAUAUGUACAAAACUUAAUUAUUGGAACUAACAGAAUUCAGUUCAAAUUAGAAGGAAGAAAUUUCAUAAUUAUAAAAAAGAUUGAAAAGAUAACAACAAUCUUAAGAUUUGAAUGAAGCCAAGAAAUAAAUUGAAUAAUUAAAGGAAGAUAUUGCUAAGAAAGAUUUGAUGUUGUAGGCUGCUAACAAGGAUCAUAUUUUAGCCUAAUAGAAAAUAGAGGAUUUGGAGAAGGUUAUUGAAGGAUUUUAGAAUCAAUUAAUUCAUGAGAAGAAGAAAUAUGAGAGUUUGGCUAUGGAGAAAGGAAUUAAGUAGCCAUAGAUAAUUCAAAAAGAUUAUUCAAGAUUAUAAUUUGAGAGACCUAUUUCAAAGGAUAUUAAACCUGUUGCUUAAUCUAUGAUACAAUUAGAUGAUGCAGAGAAGUAUUCAAUAGAUAUCAGUCAAAGCAUGUCUAAGUAAAUAAAAGAUUAAUAAAAUAGUUUAGACAGUGAUGGUGAGGUGAAUCGAUUGAAAAAUUAGAUUAUGCAUUUAGAAGCCACAUUGAGAAGGUAAUUAUUUAAUUUUAUAUAUUUAAAGUUUGAAGAUUGCAUAUGAAUAGGAUAUCAGAUAUACAAAGGGGAAAUCAGGAAAAUCAAUGACAGGAAGUAGUAAGGACAUUAAAUAUUUAUAACAUAUUGCUAAUAAUAUGGCAGAAAUAAUUACAGAGAAGGACUCUUAAUUAGAGAAUUAGAAGAAAAUAAAUAAGGAAUUGCUCACUAAGUUAUAGAUUUUAUAAUAAUAGUAAUAAUGAG